CCAGGCCAGAGCCUAAACAUGGCGGAGGCUUCCUCAGCGUCCGGGAGCCCUCGCGGGGAAGCCGAUGGGAAAGAUGCGGCUUCCCCUGUGGAGGUGAUGAGCGAGAUGGAGGGGGACGACCAGGAGCAGGUCGAGGGCAAAGAACUGCGUGCAGGCCAGCUGCAGUUGGUCGACUCUGAAGACGAGAAGGCGAGCACGGACCAGAACGUGGACACGGUGGCCCAGGCCGAGGCCGUGGCCGCAGGCUGGAUGCUUGAUUUCCUCUGCCUGUCUCUUUGCCGGGCUUUCCACGACGGCCGCUUUGAGGACUUCAACCGCGCCCGCGACAGCACCGAGGCUAUUAUUCAUGGACUAUCUAGUCUUACAGCCUAUCAGUUGAGAACUAUAUACAUAUGUCAGUUUUUGACAAGAAUUGCCGCAGGAAAAUCCCUUGAUGCACAGUUUGAAAGUGAUGAACGUAUUACACCCUUGGAAUCAGCCCUGAAUAUUUGGGCUUCCAUUGAAAAGGAGCAUGAUAAGCUUCAUGAAGAAAUACAGAAUUUAAUUAAAAUUCAGGCUAUAGCUGUUUGCAUGGAAAAUGGCAAUUACAAGGAAGCAGAAGAAGUAUUUGAACGAUUAUUUGGUGACUCAGAUUCAUAUACGUCUUUAGAAAGGAAAUUGCUUACAAUAAUCUCUCAGAAAGCUACAUUCCACUCCUUUUUUCAACACUUCAGCUACAAUGACAUGAUGGAGAAAAUUAAGAGUUAUGUGAAUUGUGUGGUAAAUGAAAAGUCAUCAACUUUUCUAAUGAAGGCAGCAAUGAAAGUAGUAGAAAGUAAAAAAGGAAGAGUAAUGACAUCUCCAGAUAAGCCCAAUAAGAAGGAUGUUGAAAUUGAAGCUGAAGGUCAUUUGGAUAAAAUAAAAAGGUCUCACAAGAAUCUCUUUUUAUCAAAGUUAACACUUGGAAGCAGUCAACAAUACCUUAGUAAGACAACGGAGAAAGUGGAAACUCUUCAAAAUGGAGAAAGGAUAAAAGAAAACACAAGAACCACAGAAAGUACGAGACUAGAUGAUUCAGAAGAUCAAUGCAGAAGACCCCAAAAGCAGAAAUCUAGGAAAAAACGGAAGGCAUGGCUUUGGGAAGAAGACAAGAACUUAAAGUCUGGAGUACAGAAAUUUGGAGAAGGAAACUGGGCAAAAAUACUGUUACAUUACAAAUUCAGAAACAGAACAAGUGUCAUGUUAAAAGACAGAUGGAGAACCAUGAAGAAGCUAAAACUGACUUAAUCAGACAAUGACAACGAAGACGGAUUACAUUUGUCAGCAUUUGUUACAUUUGGAAAAGAUAUUAUACACUUGGCAUUACAUUAUCUUGGGGGGGUGGUAACUUGGUGGUCAUUGUUUUAUCUUAAAAUUUUGUUUAAACCAUUUUUUUUCCUGUAAUCUUUUUUUUAGUGAAUGUGGAUUUGUAUAAACGUACAUGCCAUCAUUGUAUUCUUCAAAAAUCUUUAUUUUGACAAAAAUGUAAAUAUGCUUUAUUAAAAAAAUGCCUAAACGACAACCAAAAUAGUGUUCUGUGAGAAAAAAGGAAAUUUGUUUACUUUCAGUUAACUUCAGCCUCAUAAAAUAGCACAUAAAAAUGCAUUUUCUAAAUAAUUGGAUUAGGAUAGACCUUUAGUAUCAGAUAAUGAAUUGAUUUAUAACCUUAAUAGGCUACUUAAUUACUAAGACAUGUGUUACUAAAAUGAUAACUGUGCUAAGUAAUCUAUUUUAACAAAAUGUCUCAGUUUC